AUGGAUACGUGGUUGGGAAGACUUCCACAAGAAGUAAGUCUACUAAUGUUAUGACAUUUAUCUUUUUUCUUGAAACGAAUAGUAACUUACAAGAAAAGUAACCAACCUGCAACUCUCAUAAUUAGCUAAAAGGCUUUAUACGGAUCCUUCGUAGUACCAGUAGCACAUAUAAAAAAUCUUAGCUUGCGGUUUUAAGUUUUAAAAUUAAUAUAUUUAAUGUUUUCGCCAAUUUGGCAUUGUGUUGCAAGCACUUUUUCUGAUGUUCCAGAUAAGAUAGGCUUACAAAUUUAAAAUUGCAGAUUUAUUUGAAGCUUUUCUAUCAUUAUAUUAAACAAAAAUAGUUAAAAAUGACAAAGUAAAGCUUAAAACACUAUGCCAAUUUGGCGGGAAAUUCAAAACGCGAUUUUUUGAUUUCGAUUUUCAAACCGCUAAUUAGAAAUUUGCAUAAGACCUUAAAUAUACAUAACUUUUCAAUAAAAAAAUUUGAACGAACUUCGAUGCAGGUCGGGUACCUUCCUUGUUAAUUGCUUGAGUACCAUUUUUUAAUUAUGUACAUUUGUAUAUUUAUAUUUAGUUGUGGCGAAUCAUUUUUGAACACAUUCAAGACAUUGACAGAGUGGCCAACGCGGCAUCAAUUCACAAAAGUUUUUACAAAUGGAUUAACAGAGAUUUCAAAGCAAUGUGUUAUCGAAAUGGUAUCUACAGGUUCAAGGGGGAAACUUGGGCUACAGCGUUUAGUUUGUAUGUUAUCUUGCAAAGAAGUGUCACAAAGUGGCACCGGGCUUUUAGAACGAACUUUAAUAGGAACCCCCCCCCCUCCAGAAAAAAAUCUUCGAAACAAGUUGAACGUGGUCCCCUCUGUGGAUUUUCUCGACCUCCGGUCCCAGACCAAAAGUAGACAAGAGCAACGGGCCGAUCCGCGCCUGACUAAAAUCAAAAACGGACCGGGCCUGAAAAGUGGGCCCGGCCCGUUGCUCAUGUCUAACUAAAAGUCCCCGCCAGUCUAACUAAAAGUCCCCGCCAGGCCCUGGGCACAGCUACGUAAAGGUGCGUUUAGUGGGUUCAUCAAUAGGUCAUAAAUUAAAAUUAAGAGUUUUACCAUAACAUUUUACGCUCUUUGAUCCUAUAUAAGUCUCGUUCUAAAAGUUUGAUGUCAUUUUGCACAACUGUCUAGUUUUUUUAACUUUAAAUUUUAUGUUUAAGGAUAAAGUACCGUUCAUUUGAAUUGCGAGGCCAAUAUGGUUUCAACUGUUCACGUACUGGAAAAGCAGUGUUUAUGGUGGGAGAUCAUCAUGUUAUUAUUUCACAUAUCGACUUUUCCGAAUUUAAAUAUAAAUUUAUUGACUUUAAGCAGCACUUUACUCAGAAGGUGCGUAAAAUUAUGAUGAUAAAUGAUGGGGCACGAUUAAUAGUCGAUUUUUACGACGAAGAGCACAACAAUAUGACCGUUUAUUUGUACGACAUACAUACAUGCCAAGUACUGAAAAUGUUCAAAGUUGCUCCCUCAUUUGAUGGAAAUUAUAUCCAUUUGAAACAUUUAUGAUAAGGAAUUUAAACUUCCUUCAGGAAUGGAAUUUUGCAGACCUAUAAGUACCGACAGGUAUAGUAAACAUAGAUAUAUGCCAUUAGUGGCACGAUUACCAGAGACAUUGUACAUAAAAGAUAUGGUGACAGAUCAAGUUUUUGAGUUGUGUAACGUUCCUAGAGCGUUCUUUACUCACUGCUUUUUUGAAGAAGCUGGUCUUAUUUAUAUUAAAAGUAAGAUUACAUACAUAUUAGGAGCCGACAUAAAGAACCCGCCAUUUUUUACAGGAAGUUACAGGAAAAAUAUGACGGGUUCUUUAUGUCGGCACCUAAUACUUUUUUUAUAAUAUACAAAUUAGUAGAGAAAUUGUUAUAUACAAAGCUAAUUUUACACAAAAAAUGUUUUACUUUUUACAAUUCUAGACUUUACACUUUUCAGAUAAAGCUAAAGACACAGAUGGCUACAUGAAAAUCCGGUUUUACGACCUAAAAACUCGGCAAAAAGUGUACGAACGGAUUUACUAUCAAGACAAAGAUAAUUGGUGUAUCUUUUCAAAUUAUGCUAUAUAUAACACAAGAACAACUGAAGUAAGGGUUUCAUUGAAGUACCCUACCUGCCCCGCUCAAAAUUAGCUCAAAAUUUUUAUAUGAAUUCUUCGUAUCACCAAUGAUACCCAUAAAAGAUUUUAGCUCGCGCUUUUGAGUUUUAAAUUUAAAUUAUUUGACUUUCCCGCCAAUUUGGCAAAUUUGGCAUUGUGUUUCAAGCACCUUUUUUGAUGUUCCAGACAAGGUACGCUUACAAAUUUAAAAAUGUAGGUUCAUUUAAAGGUAUUCUACUAGUAUAUCAAAGAAAAAUGAUUAAAAGUCAAAAAAUGACAAAGUUACAAGCUUGAAACACAAUGCCAAGUUGGCGGGAGAUUCAAAAUGUCAUUUUUUGAUCUCGGUUUUCUCGGACUUCCUGGAAAGCGCGAUUUAGUACUUUGCUGAAGAUCUUAUAUUUACAUGAUCCUUCUGUAUUAAAAGUUAUAAUUCAAUCCGAGCGAGGCAGGUCGGGCACUUUCCUUGUAAGUCAUUUAAAAAACGUGAGUGGGCAGAUCUCACUAGAAUUUGCUACAAAUUGGCAAUAUCUAGAACGUUAACGAUUUGCAAUGAGGUUUUGUGGCCCUUUCAACAACUUGAACUGUUUUGUUUGCAGUACGUCGUUUACAAUUCAAAAAAGAAACGCUUUUCUUCGAGAUUUAUCAGCUGUCAGCAUCCGGAAUAUUACAAAAAAAUAUUAACAAACGAGCGAUGCUUUUUUACCAAUCUUCGCGGAGAUGAUGGGCAUAGAUGUAUCGACUGUUGUCUUAGCCAUUAUGAACCAUUUGCAAUUUUCUUCGAUUACACUCGCGGUAAGUUUGUCGCUUGCUGUACAGUACUAAAUUAAUUUUUUUGUAUUUUUGAUUUACUAAUGAUGAGCUUGGAACAAAGUUAGUUUUUAUGACUCCAAAAAGCAUGAACGUAUUUUAAGUGAUACAUGUAAUGCAAACUUCAUUUUGGUGCUUAUACGCCCUGAUUCAAGCCAAAAUUGAUUCUUAAAUAGACAGGCCAAAAUUGAUUCUUAAAUAGUAAAACUUUUCAGAUAAACUAAGAUUGACGAAAAUUAAAAAAAGAGAAAGCGUCAUGGGUGAGCAACAUAAUUGUUCAAUAUGCCAAGUUUUUGGAAGAACGUCAGAAAUUAACAUGUGA